AUGAUAGGAGAGACGGUGGUAGAGGGACUGUGGUCGGGCAUCGACUCGAACUGCGCGACCGGUAAGUUUGCUAGAUAACGUGUAACAACAUUAGCUAAUUAGCUAACAUAGCUAACGACGUUAACAUUAGCUAACUUAGCCAAGUGUUUCUUUGCAAAUUGACGAGCUAACUUUAGCUAUUUAACACUUCUACAAUAUUGUAAUAUGUUGUUAAUUACUAGCUAGUUAGAUAAUGCAUGUUUAAUUCGUUUUCUUGCUGUAUUUAAAUGUACGGUAGCCGACUGGAUACAAAAGUAUCCAGUCGUUUAGCUAACGUUACACUUAUACUUCUCUCAUCAUAUCGAGCCUACAGCUCUUGAAACGUUGUUGUUAUGCUGACACGAUGUGUUUGACCUUCCAGAAAUAACACUGGACCUCAUCCAUAUGCCCCUGUGCCCGGAUGUGGGAGCCAUGGAUGAUCAUGAUAAUGUGACAGAAGAACAAGCAGAGGAAGGUGUUUGUUUGGUUUCUCAUUUAAUACGUUUAAUAUUCUUCUAUAAUAAUACAACACUCAUUCCCAUAACAUGUUCAUUGUAUUUUCUCAACAGAUCAUCACUGAAGACACAGAGGAGAUUCGCCUGUCUCAGAUCCUUAACCGACAUGACACCCCAAUGUACGAGCCAGUGCCACCCCAGGCAAGGAGGCUUGCUAGUUUGGAGGAGAUGGUGGCUGUCCAGAGGUCGCUCCUGGGGGAGGUCACGGCCCUGCGCUGGGUGCAGGAGGAGCUGCUGAAGGUGGAAGGCGAGAGAUUAGCCCUGCAGAAGGAGAAGCUAGCCCUGGAGAAGGAUAGGUUUGCCAUCGAGAAGCGAAGAAGACUUGAAGAUUAA